GGCGAUUAAGGCAAGCGCAGUUAAAACCAGCUCGCUUAAGCAUCAUGCGUAAGCGUGCUAAAGUAUGGGCUAAUAGACUACAAAUAAAGCCAGCCAGAGCUCCUUGUUUAUGAUGCGUGUGUAGCCUUACUUUGUAUUUAACGAUGGGCAAUGAUGAUUUAACGAACUGUUUAUUUAUAGAAACAAAAACGAUAUCUCCAGCGGCAUAAAUGAGAUAAAAGGGCAUUGUAUUCUGGGAAUUUCGCGUGUCUUGAUGAUUCAUUAACUUGCUGCACGUGACUUGCCACCGUACUGCUCCUAGAUGGUGAAUUUUUAAUUAACCUGGCAUUCUCCUCUAUGGCAGUAUGACCGUACUUUUCUAAAAAAGUCGAGCUAUUACAAUAGUGUGCUGGGAACUGACCCAGGACUGCCCAAUGAGCCGAGAUCCCAUCGCUGCCCUGUCUGCGGCCGAUGUUGGAACUGAUUCAGGGUCAGCAAUGCGGUAUCAGUGGAAGGAAACCCCAUCUCAUAUCGUGUGACUAAGCCCGCCUUUCCAGAGGAAAGUCCCGCCGGAUAAGAUGUCGUUAGGUUUGAAAAAGAACUCAAAGCGGGAGCCUUUAUUUAUUUUACUAUAUAUAUUGUAAUAUCAUUCGCCUACUUGUAGACAGCCUGUUGAAUAGUCACAAAAUCUGUGUUGCGUUCAGUUGACUUUUCUGGAAUAUUUAACACUCUUACUACCUUUGUAUUUAGCCAGUUAAAUGCGGCGUUAUUUGUGUGAAACGAGAUAUUUGCAUUUUGCGUUCCAGGUCCUGCCAUAUGUUUCCGUUUCGCGUUAAUGCUCUCUGACUGCGUUGACAGAUGUGAUAGGCGCGGUAAACAGGACUGUCAAUACGGGUUUUGUAAACGUCGGCCCGAGUUUAACGCUCAAUUAAUUUAUUUGAACUGGUCGAUAUUUCAGAACCGUAGUGUUUUUGGCAGGAUUUUCAGCGCGUGCAGGACAUGUGGUAGCGGAUUGUUGUUUACGGCGGCGCGAGACCGCGUGGCAAUUUAUAUUUUUACCAAGGGCAUAGAGCAUUGAACAUGAGGAAGGAAAUCGCAGCUGUGGUGUUCUUCCUGAAGCGUCUCAUAAGGAAAGCGGAGAAACUGGAGGCUGAGCAAGUGGAGAAAUUUGUGGAACGACUCACUGUGGCUUUACAGGAGAAAUAUAGGGGGCACUGGUAUCCAGAGAAUCCUAGCAAGGGUCAGGCUUUCAGGUGUAUACGAGUGAAUAAGUUUCAGAGGGAGGACCCAGAGCUGCAGAGAGCUUGUGAGGAGAGUGGGAUCCUCUACAAAGACUUGGGGCUCCCUCGAGAGCUUACGCUGUGGGUGGACCCAGGGGAAGUGUGCUGCAGGUAUGGUGAGAUGAAUCUUGCCUUCACGGUGGCAAGUUUUUUGGGGGAUGAUGACAACAAGGAAGACGUGACCAAGGACGUGACCAGUGCGGUUGAGAGGGUUACGUCCGACUAUCAUUCUGGCUCCUCAUCGGACGAGGAGAACAGCACCAGGGACACUUCGGCCAUUGCUCCUCUCGUCCAGGGCCGGCCUCUCUAUCAGGUUGUCUACCCUGUGGUGCCGAUGUGGCACCCGUCGCCCAGGAAAAAACCCGGGCCCAGUAAAGGGCAGGGCCUUCAUCACCACGCCUAUGGCUUCCGCUCGCAGGGCAAGCCCAUGGCCUCCUUCAGGCAGAGUGCCUGGGCUCUGACGGGGCCUCGUGGUGGAAACAGUUACUGGGGCAGCACCCCUAAUCUAGUGCACUCAUAGAAUCCGCGGCAGCCAUCCAGUGUUGCAGAAAUGAACCACUACUUAGUGACCCUCUGUGUUUUUUUUGUUUUUUGUUUUUUUUUUUAAAAAAAAAACCUCAAAAUAUUUUUGUAGAAAAUGUUACUGUGGAUUUUUUUUUAAAGAAAUGUUAAGUCUUUGCACUUUAGAUAAUUUCUAACAGAAAAUUGUGUAAGGUUUCUGCAUAUAAACAUAGUGAACUUAAUAUGAAUUUUUAGAUAGAAAUAUGUGCUGUAUUUAUAAAGGGAUCAUUGUUAUUCUGAUGUAACUUUGAGUCUGUACUGUUAAAAAUGACCAAAUGUUUUAUAUUUAUUCACAGCAAACUAUAAUGUAUUGUUCACAAAACCUAAAUUAUAAGACACAUUAAACACAUUUUCCCUAGGUAGUAUUUUUCUGUUUUUGUAUAUCAAAUGACAUUUUUGCAGCUGUAUUUUCAUGUUGUUUCAAAGUUUCCUGAGACUAGUCGUAAAGUAUAAUAGAUAUAUUUAAUGGAACUUGGAAAUAUUAAAUUAUUGUGCAUUAGUAAUUUAGGGCAAUUGCUUUUUCACUACCUUUUGUAUUAUGAGCCGUGAAAUGUAACCACAGUUUCUUGUUUUGGUGUCAGAAUAUAGAUAUUUUUAAAAAUAUUGAUUUUAAGGUGCUUUUUUUCAAGUCUUAUGUAAGGAAUCAUAUGCCCAAAGUUGACUGAAGUUACAAAUUGAUAACAGCCAUUUUAGUGAUGGCUCUCCACAAUCAUGCUGUUAGGAGAAAAAGUGCUUUAGAUGGUAAGUUUUAGGGGCUGUGUAGAAUUUGACCUGUAUUUUCAUGUUUGGAAUAAAACAAAUAUUGAUCAAAUGAAA